AGCACAAAAACCGAUGCCUCAACUACUGCUGGUGCANGCCUCGAACGAAACAGCUCAACAAGAACCAGAUGUUCAAGAGACCGAAUCGACUUCGCAACCANNCCCAACAAUGACUCUUCCGACUCUGGCAGUCAUGAUCAUGAGAUGAGCGAAGAAAAGAUCAAGCAGGACCCUUACACCUACAUCAUGAACUGUGCCCCUCGUUUCGAGUUCAAGGAACGCUACCGCCUACAUCACCUAGACGACGAUGACCUCGACUUAGACCAAGCAGACAAACUAUUCGCCAAAGAACACAAUGAAAGAAAGUGUGCUUGCUUUGACAAGAGCCGCACUGAUGGCUGGUCCAUGAUGCGAAAGGCCUUUGCAAGAAAGAUGGAUGCAGAGACUAUUGAGAUUCCGCACCGCAACCCCGACUACUUCAACAUGUACGUCUAUAAUGACUUCGCUGGUUACGGUUACCAGGAAGUGGUCGAAAACAACGUGGCCGAGUUCAACAAGAUCUUGAACAGCAAGGAUGGCAAAACCGAGGAGCUUUGGACUAUCCUCGAGUCAAUGGUCUACUGGAUCGUCGAAGACCCGAGUUAUUCAUGGCAUGGAAUCGACGAUGGUGAACGCUCAUGGUUGACAUACAGUCUGCUCGGCUUCAUGUUCUUGGCCGGAUUAAAUCGCAUUGAUCAAGACGGUGACUUGAAGCCUGAUUCCAAGUACAAAGACCUCUCAUUGGUCAUGUCUCUUUGGGUGAAAGCAGCCAACGACAUGGGUACAGAUGUAGAAGAUCCUCUCGACGAUGGCAAGGGUUGUGACUCGGACCUCGGUGAUUAUGCCGGCUUCAACCUACAAUGGUUCCGCUACCUCCUCGCUCUUGCGAAAGAGGCUGGUAUCNCCCAAAAAGGUGUCACAGAUGUCGACGACGACGUCGAUGAGUGGUCUUCACAAAUCGAGGGCAAAGUCAAGUUGCCACCCAAAAAAGCGGACCGCUUUGGUUGGAAGACAAAGUACCAAAAGUAUACCAAACAAUAUGGGCGCGGUGGCAAAAUCGGCGGAACGCAUUUCCAGAUCACAAAAUGGACUCGCCAGGAAAGGGCAUCGCACGCCUUCGACAAGAAAGACCCCCUAGGAUAUGAAGAGAUCAAGGCAUUAAAGAACGGUAUGGUCUUGCAGAUGAUGUAA